GAAUGGCUUUUUUAGAAUUAAAUGCUCCUUUAAGGUCCAAUGAAACAUUUAGAAAUAAACUUGAUGAAUACUAUCAUAAAGAUGUAAGUCCAUUGGAAGAAUUGCCAAUAGAUAUAACAUCAACGGUAGUACUUGAAUACAUGCAUAACAUAUGUCUCGGUGUUGUUAAAAAGUUGAUUGUUUUUUGGACCAAAGGUAAAAAGCUUGUUCUACUAAUAAAUCCUGAUGAAGUAUCACAAGAAUUAGUUAAUAUCAAAUCUUUUUUACCAUCAGAGUUUAAUCGUUUACCUAGAACAUUAGAAGAAGUUGAAUAUUGGAAGGCCACAGAAUUUAGAACUUUUUUGCUGUAUACUGGCCCAAUAGUAUUAAAAGGCCGAUUAAAAACAUCACUAUAUAAACAUUUUAUACUUUUAAGUUCUGCUGUUCGCAUCCUCAUUUCCCCUGAAACUUGUUUCACUCAUAAUUACUUUGCUAAAGAUUUGUUGAAAAGAUUUGUAAGUGAAUAUUCAUCUAAUUAUGGUGAAGAAUAUGUUGGUUAUAAUGUGCAUGGGUUAAUUCAUGUCUGUGAUUUUGUUUUGACACAUGGUGCUUUAGAUUUAUUUAGUGCUUUUAAAUUCGAAAAUUAUUUACAAUUUAUUAAAAAAAGUUCUAAAAAUUUUAAAAAUCCACUUGAAGAUAUUUAUAAUCGCAUAAUCUAACACUUAAAUGCUCAAACUAAUAUUACUCCACAGAAUUUCUCUAUCCUUGAAAAUGAAUUGCCCUUUGAUCAUAUAGAAAAUAAUUCAAUAAAUGAAACAUUAUAUGAGAGAAUU